UAUCACGAUACUUGUGAUAUCUAUGAUAUCAUCCUUAAUCAUUAUUAGCAGACCCUUCUAUAUAAAGAGGCAAAUGCCUACAAUUUGCCGUCCUCCAUCAGUCUCUUGAUCGGCCAUCUCGUAACCAGAUCAGCAACCGUCACUUUGCCUUUCUAUUUUCCACCUCUCUUCAAGUCAUUAGACGACACACAAGAGUCAACCAUGCACUUCAUCAACAUCCUCCUUUCCCUGGCCAGUGCUGCCUCAGCGGCCAGCGCCGCCCCAGUAGCCAGUGCCUCGGGCAGUAAUUGUCGAGACAGCGGUGUCUGCGCAGGCAUCAACGCCAACCUGAGCUCUGUCAUUGCACAACUGAAAGGAAUGGACCAGCACCAGCGAUUCUCAGACGGAGAGCACAUCACCUGCGUCGACGCGAACAGCGAGGGCGGCUCCUCCCUCUGUCUCUCCUACCAGGGCACCGGGCGAUCAUGGACCGUAUUCCAGACUGCCUGGUUUGCGCAGUCGCUGAUAGAGAAAGGUUGCCAGGCGUGUGGAAGCCUGUCCCUGGGCUCUGACCGCAAGCAUGGAGAGCUGACCUCUAGCGUCAUCACCACGCCUGCUGGCGGUCUAUGAAUCUCUCAAGGUCGUCGCGUGGUGGACACGGUUUAACUGGUUUCAAGAUCUGGAAAGCGAUGAGGGACGAAGCGAUAAUAGCAAAGGGGCAUACAAUCCAGUCCCCUUGUAAGAAUCCUGCGAAAAAAAAAAAAAAAGACUCCGUUGCCAUUACAGGCAGCCCGCAACGUGUCGCCCUUUUAGCCUAAGUCUCUGUAACCUGAUUCGGAGACUUUGGGUCGAACGUCUUUCGGAGGCUUCGGGCUGCUAGCAGCUGAGAGGAAAUCUGACGGGGAAGGGAGUUGGGCGUUUGAUUCGGAACAAGACGGAUUUUACAGGACUGAGAAUUGGAUCUUUUGCAUUGCAGACUGCACGGUCAGCGUUGGGCAUUUGGGAAAAGGCGGGUGCAAGAGGCGUUUAUGUCAUUGCUUCGAAGUUUAGGAUUUCAGACGGAUGGGCGGUAUGGAUGGUAGAUUUAGUCUCAGUAUCCCAUUACGAUUGCCAUGACCCAGACAAUAAACGAGUAUUGAGC